UUCGCCGAGCUGAGCUUCGUAUGCUGUAGACCCGCUCACGAGCUCGACCUCGCUACGGACCUCGGACCGAUUGUCUGCUACUGGUGCUUGCCAUCAAUUGAGAAGAGAGAUUGGAGGCGUCAUUAUGGUGCUGUAAAGUCCCGGAGUACUGUUGCAUCACGCUGGGCUUGCUGGACAGCGCCUCCUUAGGUCCUAGCCUACAGAGUAUCUCGGCAGUUUAGGUCUGUCUGGAACGGCGACGCUUCCGACCGGAGUCCAACCCAACACACGUCCAAUCUAUCAGCAUCGUAUUCGAUAACGACUUCUAGCACGGACAAAAAAGGGACUAUAAGCGACGCUGUACCCCCAACAUCGCCGACGGACCUCUGCCAGGCCAUGUCGUCCUCCGAAGUUCCCCCCUUCACCGGGAGGAACCCGCUCGCCGCCGACCUACACAUGCCCCCUUUUCAGUAUGGCGAAUACGAUUUGUUCGAUGCAGAUGAUAACUACGAUCUCUCGAGCAAACCUAUCUACGACUUGCCCGAUGGCAAUAACUAUAUUGAGGGCCCUGUGUUCUUAUCCUCACGAACUAACGGGGAAGAGACGGCACCGGAUCACCCACCGCGUCUCUCCCACCAUGGCUCCUCUUCUUCUUCGUCACAGGGAACCGUGGAUUCCAACUCGCCGAAGAUGAGCCAGUCUUCGGCCGACGCAAUGAUGACCGACGACCAUUUCCCCGCUUGGAAUCAUGACGGUGAUGUUGGGCACGUCGACUCUAAAUACCUCUUCGACACGGACCCCGCCAUCGGAGAGAUGUCCGAGAUGUUCAAUUUUGACAGUGCGUCGAGUAGUCCCGGCCCUUCGACAAGUACCACCAUACCGCAACCGCUUCUCACGACGAACUUCAACACAUUCAAAGCCCCUGCUGCGAAGAGACUCAAGGGUCAUCACAAGACGCAAUCACGUCAUUCUCAUACGUCGUCUGUGAAUGGGGUAAAGACAAGCGGUUCCAGAGAGGCCUCGCCCGCAUCGGCUAUGGCCAUCAGCCAGGAAAACUCCCCGGUAGCGAUGAUGAACAACCCACCUACCCCGGAGAAUUCUGCUGGCUCUUUCAACGGUAGCCUGGCAAACUUGAACAUGACACCCGUCUGGCCAGCGGCAUUAGGGUUGCAAGCCAACGGUUCGACCUCUCAGGUUAGAGCAGACGCGAUGGCCGUGUCAGCUAUGCCACAUGUACCUCCAAUCUAUUCUCCCCACGCUACUUUGGCUCACAAUUCUCGGCCGAGGCUCGUGGUUCAUCCAACGCCUCUGAAGUCGCGAGUUGAAACUCAGAUCCCUAUCAAGCUGACCCUUCACAAUCUACCCCCGGGCAUCAAGAGAAUCCACCUCCCCACCCAUACCAUAUCUAAGCCCAAGUUGUUGGCAAAGCCCGCAGUCGGACGGUCCCCUGAUAUGCUCGAGUUAUAUACCAUGCUAGUUUGUACAAGUGCCAUGCACGAUCCGGAAAAGCGUCGGCGCGCGUUCGAGCGAGCGGCAGCGGCCCGGCAUGACGUUCUGAACUCGGCUCAACCGGAUGAGGGCCUUGACGACAAGGACCACAAGCCCCAGAACGGCGGUGAGGUGCGAAUAUGUGGUGGUUGCAUAACUCGGGAGCGUAAGCGUGCUGGACGUAAGAAACACAAGAAGCCAGAAGAGGAGGAGUUGUGGAACCGAUACGAACACCGGCGAGUUAUUGUUUUUAAUACUCAGGAGGUCAAGGAAUGGCAGGCCGUCACCCCCCUCAUGGCCGACCCCACGGGAGCCGGGCUGCGUGAUCUAUCCGUCCCCGACGGCACGGUGCAAGUGGACGCGCCGAUGCGUAUUGCAUGUUACUGCCGCCACCACGGCGAGAAGAUGGGGUUUCAAGUCAUCUUCACCAUGAAGGAUUACAGGAACAACGUCGUCGCCCAGCAGAUUUCGUCCUCGAUCAUGAUCACCGAUGACCACAAGACACACCUUCCUACGUCUACUAUGUCGUGUUCGAAUACCCCCAUCCCACCGAUAGGGCCGCUACCGGCAAAUAUUUCCAACGACAUGAAGCCGGUCGAGGCUCCGAUGGCAUUCCAACUAUCGCAAACAGCACAGCCCGACCUCCAGGGCUUAAUGCAGAACGGUACCUUCACAUUUAUUUCUGGAUCCGUCAACAGCAGCCAUCAUCAAGCCGUGUCAGUCACUGCCACAUCUCCCAGCUUAUCUAGGCAAGGAUCACCAACGAGCCCGAUUGGCCCUUUAUCCAGGAAGAGGAAGGCAAGCGGAUCUUCAAAGGUGCCCAGCGGUCUGACGAUGACAAAGCUAGAGACGAGUCAAUCACCGUCGUCGUUUUCAUCAGGGGCCCCGAACGACUCAACCAUUGUGUCCGGGGCCACGUCGCCGUUCUCGCCGAGCAUGACGACAUUCCCGGCGGGUGCGGACACCUUGUUCUCUAUCGGACAGCAGCCAACCAUGAACAACAUAGGCCAGCAUUUUUCGACGAGACCGCCUACACCCAGUAGCAACCCUCCCGAGCAGCUCAUCUUCCCGCCCGGGACUCGAAAUGUAAAUGUUGACAGUAUACCGGUGCCUCGGUUGUUUUCCGCUCCAGCAUCAGCUCAUCCAAGCCGCGCUCCUAGCCCGAACCGACUGCGGCACUCGCUUCAGAACGCGACGCAUACCACGCUCAGCCAGACCCUGUACAACGCGCCUACCGAGACGAGUUCGAGUAGAGCCCCCCAGCCGAUGAUAUAUAAAAUCAUUCCAGGGGAGGGGCCGAAAUCGGGAGGCGUCGAGGUGACAAUUCUCGGAAGUGGCUUCACCAACGGUGGACUCGAGGUAAUGUUUGGAGAGCAAAGGGCAGCUACAACAACCUUUUGGGGCGAGACGUCUCUAGUCUGCCUCCUUCCGCCGUCCCCUAACGCAGGCGUGGUUCCGGUGUCGAUCAGGCAGCCGGGUGUUGCUUCUCAGCACCCGUUCAGCAGCAAUCAGCAGCCCCUAUUUAGAUAUGUUGACGACGACGAGCAUCGCCUGAUACGCACCGCGCUCACAGUUCUAGGUCAUAAACUCGGCGGUAAGAUAACAGAUGUCGCGGAUAUCGCGAGAAAUAUCAUCUAUGGGUCUGGAAAUAGCGGCUCUUGGGGUCCUUCUGCGGCCGUGAACCAAGCGCCCAACUCAAGUUUCAACAACCUCGCACAAGACCUCUCGGAUUCCGCCGAAAAGGGGCUGCUCCGAAUCCUGGAGCUCAUCGACCUCGACGACAGUGCUAACAAGGCCCGCAUCAAUCUCAGGAGAUCGAGUGGGCAUACCAUGUUGCAUCUCGCCUGCUCCCUCGGGCUUGUCCGGUUCGUUGCCGGUCUCUUGUCGCGCGGUGCCAACGUGGGCGUCCGAGACAAGGGAGGUUUCACGCCGCUGCACUUCGCUGCGAUGAACGACCACCCCGAGAUCGUCCGCCGUCUCAUUAUGAACGGAGCCGAUCCAAGCAUGCGAAGUCUAUCGGGGCUCACUCCAGCCGAUGUUUCCCGUUCUCGAGACGUGCUCCGAGUUCUCCGACGUAUCGAGAAUCAUUCGAGGUCUCGAAGUGGCGGCUCUGUUCGAGACGGAUUCGGUAGUGCCAGUUCUCUCCGAUCUUUGUGGGACCCACCGUCAAUGACUGCAGCGCGCCGCGAGCGCUUUGGGCGGGAUGGAUCGACCCCGAAUGAAGAUAAUCGAGGCAACGAUGACAGCUCGUCAGAGGAAACCGAUAGCGACGAAAGCAACGGUGACUGGUCAGCUAUGAGGCGGCCAAGUUAUCCACCGACUCAACAUCAUGCAGAAGCACCUCCACAUCAAGCUGCCGAUGUUGACGCCCCUCCGGCGACGCCGAGUGCCGCAAUGACAGCUAUCCGAGACCAAUUUGCAACCCAGCUCCAUCAAUGGCAGCAAAGUAUGGCGAUACACUUUCAAAAUCUGCCGCAGCUCCAGAUGCCACAGAUGCAGAUGCCACAGAUGCCGGCCCUGCCACCGAUAUCCAUGCUCCCGGAUUACCAGGCAUACCUUCACACAGCUCCUGUCAUGCAGCGUAUCAGCUCCCUCGUCCCAAAUAUCCGUGGCCCACGUCCUGGGUCGGCCGGCGAACAACCUCCGCGGGAAACUGAUAGCAAGUGGUGGGAUCUCGCCUUCUUCGGCACUAGAGAAUCUCCGCCGCCAGCUUACGAGGACAUAUAUCCUCAAAAGGCCUUCGAUACGAAGCAGGCUUCGGCUGCCGCGGCCGCAGCCGAGUUCGAGGCGGACAGCAAAUGCGAGGCCCUCUUCGACAGACAGAGAACGACGUCGGAAGCGUCACAAUCACAUGAAGUGCCAGCGCUUCUCGAAAUCGGGCGAAAGCGGAACAUAACCAAGGAACAACAGGAGCAACUACAGCGAGCCCACGCUCAGAGGCUUAAGACCGGUAGCAGCGAUAAGAUGCUGUGGUUUGUUUGGAUUCCCGUCCUGGUCUUCAUCAUAUGUGCAAUGUUGGCCAGCGGCGCGCCUUCGCUUGUAUCUAGCACCGCCGAGUUUGUCAGGUCUGCCUCUGCCUUUGUCACGGAUCCGCGAGAAUUGGUGCAGUGGCUUGUCCCUAACGCCGCGGGGGUUUAACAUUUAGCGUCUUGGGAGCUUCUAUCCUGCCUCCCUUCGCCAUUAGGAGGCAUGAGACUUGAAAGAUUCUGUUUUUCGGAUGUGUAUUUAUCUAUUUUGUGCAGUUGCGUGAAGUUGGUUGCUCUAUAUUAUGAAUGUGGGCGGAAUAUGAGAGAGAGAGAGCGAUGAGCGGAUUCUCUAUGGGAGGGCCUCGCCCAGUUGGUCAAGGCGUUCAA